AACCUCCUUGCCGCUCCAUUCUUAUGAGAAGGUGUCGGUGUGAUCUUGAUUCUUGACCAACUUUGGGACGCCAUGGCCGGCGGAGGAGGGAAAGCCAAGCCGCUCGAGUUCACGCCGACAUGGAUCGUGGCGUCGGUCUGCUCCGUCAUAGUCAUCAUCUCCUUACUCUUCGAGCGCUUGCUCCACCGCCUAGGCAAGAGGCUGAUGAGGAGCCGCAAGAAGCCGCUGUACGAGGCCCUGCUCAAGGUGAAGGAGGAGCUGAUGCUGCUGGGGUUCAUCUCGCUGCUGCUCACCGUGUUCCAGGGCCCCAUGGGGAAGCUGUGCGUCAGCCCGAGCGCCAUGCUCCACCUGCUGCCCUGCAAGCCGCCGCCGCACAUGACGGACCACCUCGGCGGCGCCGUGUUCACCGGCGUGAUGGGUGGGGCGAGGCGCCUCCUGGCUGGAGGAGCCUCCUCUGACGAAUACUGCCUCAAGAAGGGCAAAGUUCCAUUGCUCUCAUCUGAAGCCAUUCAUCAAUUACACAUAUUUAUCUUCGUGUUGGCCGUCACUCAUUUCCUUCUCAGCGCUAUUACAGUACUUCUAGGAAUUGCACAGACGAGAAAUUGGCGACAUUGGGAGGCCAAGAUCCAAGAAAAUGAUGCUGGUGAACCUCAAAUGAUCAAGCAUGUUCGAGAAUUCAAAUUUAUUCAAGACCACGUUAAAGAUCAUAGAAAACGGUCGAGGAUAUUUGGUUGGAUGCGUUCCUUCUUCAAACAAUUUUAUGGAUCGGUUACUGAGGAGGACUACACAACAAUGAGACUUGGUUUCAUCAUGAAACACUGUAAGGGAACACCAAAAUUUAAUUUUUAUAGUUACAUGAUUAGAGCGUUGGAGUUUGAUUUUAAGAAGGUUGUUGGUAUCAGUUGGUACCUUUGGGCCAUGCUGAUGAUAUUCCUACUAUUGAAUGUUCAAGGGUGGUAUGUCUACAUUUGGAUAACCUUGGUUCCAUUCAUUAUGCUACUUGUGGUAGGAAGUAAGAUGGAGCACAUCAUUACGGAAUUGGCUUAUGAGGUUGCCCAGAAGCAUACGGCUAUUCGAGGAGAUUUAGUAGUUGCCCCUUCAGAUGACUUCUUUUGGUUCCACCGGCCUAAAUUAGUCCUUCUGUUGAUCCAUGUCGUCCUAUUUCAAAAUGCAUUUGAAAUUGCAUUUUUCUUUUGGCUCUUGGUGACAUAUGGUUUUAAAUCAUGCAUCAUGGGGAAACCAGCAUAUGUUAUUACUCGAAUUGUCAUAAGCGUAAUUUGCCAACUCCUUUGUGGUUACAGCACCCUACCACUAUACGCUAUCGUCUCUCAUAUGGGGAAUUCUUUCAAGAAGACUAUAUUUGAUGACAAUGUGUCUGAAGGCCUUGUUAACUGGGCUGAAAAGGCUAGGAGAGGGGCAAGAAGGCCAAAUAAAACUACUAUAGAACCAAUUGACGAGGCAAAUGUUGGCGCAGUUCAAAUGACAAAUACGCGGACAAACUCAUCGGUGGAGAAAGGGACCGCUAGGCUGAUAUAAUUGUGUGCAUUAGUUGCUAUACAAAGGGUCCUAAUAGUAACAUUUUCGACAAUUGUACAAAUAUCAUUUUUAGGUGCCAUACGUAUCUUUUGGUAAUGCUAGUUAUUCAUGUGUUCAAGGCAUUAUUAAUUCUUUUGAAUAAAAUUCUCACCUUCUAUA